ACUCGUGAGGACCACAGUUGCCUCAGGCACUUCGCUCUGACAAGAAGCCGGCGAAUCGACCACUCGCCCUCCCCUACUUGUUGAGCGCAGCACCCGCCGCUCGUGAGCGCCACUCAUUCUUCUCUCUUGUUGGAAUAAGCCCGAUGGUCAUUCGAGUCGCUAAUCAAUUCGCUUAACUUUUUGCGAGCCGCGUGAGUCACUAAAGCCAACAACCACUGCCGACUGAGGGAGGGGGACAUCUGUGUUUUGUGUUGUGUUUUCGCCCAACUUUUUCCUGUUGUUUCUGGUCUUGAUCGUAUGAGACAUGUCGCCUGAAUGCUUACUCUUCUCCAGGCCGAGCCCCCGUCGACGAUGAUGAAUGGUAGUUUGUAUGAGGAAACCUCCAACAGUCGCUCCAGCGUCGAAGUGGUCCAGCCUGCCAGCAACGGACCUCUCCACAUCCCAGCAAAGCGAGUCAAUCCAGCAUCCAGCCUGGCGGUGUCGGCCUACGGUCACUCCGACUGCGGAGGGGUGGUGGAAGGAGGCGGUGGUGUUAUCCGCCACAGCCACCACCACCCGGCGACCCAACCCUGGGCCGCUUAUGAGAACCAUUCGGCGUUCGACAGUCACCCCUCCCAGUACAACCAGCCCUCUCUAUGCAGGGAAAGCAUGACCCCCAGCUACUACUACAACGACCAUGCCUCCAGGGCGGAUAGGAAGCCACCCCUCAAAUUCUGGUCCAACACCUAUGACCUGCCCAGUGCUGGGCCGAGUACUGUGGCCACCACGGACACUUGUCAGACUUUCGCACCCCAAUCAUGGUGCAACUACGCUCCUUAUUCCGGCAGGCACAUGGACCAUCACGGGACCCAACCUGUCACUUACCUGUCUACAGAAGACAGGGCACGGGCCCCCAUGGAUGGGUUCGCACAUGCGGACAGUUACACACUAAGGACUUUCGCAGCCGCUGAGACUCAUCCGCAGCCUACCUAUGUACCUGCGGGGACUGUGAGCGGGGACACAGUGGUGACCAAUCCCUUGGAGUGGACGGGGAACGUGACAGUCCGAAAAAAGCGCAAGCCCUACUCCAAAUUCCAGACGCUGGAAUUAGAGAAAGAGUUCCUUUUCAACGCUUAUGUCUCGAAGCAGAAGAGAUGGGAACUGGCGCGAAACCUCAACCUCACCGAACGCCAGGUCAAGAUCUGGUUCCAGAACAGGCGCAUGAAGAGCAAGAAGAACAGCCAAAGAAACGGCGAAAACAACCAAAACAACAACAACACCAUCGUCAAUGCCAACGGACAGACGAUCGCUCAGUCCGUCAAGUAGUGCCAUCUGCGACUUUUGGCAAAAAGUUCUCAUCCAAAUCUGACUGCUUUCCAACCAGAAGGAAAAAAAAAAAAGUCCCGCUCUUCAUUGCAAUAUAUAAUGUAUUAGAGUUGCCGGACAUUGAACAUUCCAUUGCACAAAGGCGUGUGUUUAUUUCUGUUUUUGUCUUUUCAAGGGAUAAAAAAUAAUAACGCCGUUUCAUCAUCUGAAAGUAUUAAAAAGGGUAUCUGUUGACAAUUCAGACUUUUUUUCAUUGUUCUAUUAAUGGAAUUUUUAGAGAAUAUUUAGUUGUUGAGAAGGAUAGUUAAAAUUUAGUUAAAAUCUAUUUUUGAGAGAUUUUUUUUCAUUUGAAUUCGUUGUUAAAAUUUCGUUGGAAAUGUUUCUAUAUCAUCUGUUUUUUGUAAAGUAUUAAAUGAGUCGGAAAUUCUGUUGUGAUAGAAGAUAUUCUAUCUAAUCUAAAAUUAAUUAGAUAAAUUAUUUGAGAUCAUCAAUCUGUCCUUGUUUUAGGUUUAACUAAAUUGUUAAAUUAUUUGAGAUCAUCAAUCUAUUAAUUUUUUUUGGUCUCUAUUAUCAAUCUAAGUUACUGAGAUCAUCAAUCUAUUAAUUUUUUUCUGGUCUCCAAUAUCAAUCUAAGUUACUGAGAUCAUCAAUCUGCUAAACUUUUGGUCAUUUAAAUUGUUUUCAAAAUUUCUUGAAUUCUAUUUACAUCGCGUUUGUAAAGUUUUCAAACUUUAUAAAAGGAUUCGAAUAGUAGAAAAUUAAUUAAUUAAUCAUAAUUUUAGUAAGAAUUUAUGCAAAUUGGACCAAUAAUUACUUUUUGGCAAAUGGCGAAGGACUGCUACUUUACUUCCUUAUUUCCAAAAACUUGGAAUUAAUCAUAAAUUUAAGAAAUAUCAAUCUAUUAGUCAAGCAAAAUCGAUGUAAUUGAUGAUGAAUAAUUCUGUAUAUUACCGACUGUUCAUUAUUCAUGUAAUAAAAGAAUGUAAAUAUUUUUCCUCAGUGGGAAACCACAGCAAGUCUAUUUGAAACUUGCGAAUUGACAGAAGACAAUUUUAAGUACAAGACGGAGAAGUAAGGGAAUCCAGAAUUCUAGGUAAAUACUUCUAUACAUAGAAUAUACAGAUCAAAUGUUCUCAAUGUCCGCAUCGUUCUUAGUUCUAUUUAUUGCCUUUCUUUGACAGUAGAGUUAGGAGCGCUGUUUCAGACUCUGUAUCAUAGUCUAGAUUUAGGAUUGAUUGUCGUGUGCGUUUGAAUCGCACCAUACCCUCAUUUUCUAUUGCGUGUACUUGAUUCGAGAUGUACAGAUUAUUGUUAUUUGUUGCAUAGAGCUGAUGUACAUCGCGUUUUUUGUAUUUUAUUAAGUGUUCUCUGAUUUAUGUUUAUGCAUUGAUGGGCAGCCGAAUGACAUUUUGCACAAAUGACUCGUACUGCGGUAGCGUACAGGAAUAAAUGGACGAGAAUAUAAAUGUACAAGAAAAGUAUUGACAUUUUUUUCAGAAAAUUGAAAAUGGCUUGCUUAAAUUGUAAUUUAUUAAUAUUUUUUUUUUAUCUAUAGCUGAUUGAAUUCUAGUGAUUUUAAUCUGACAGCAGUAAGAAAUAAGGGGAAAUGCUUUUGAAAAAAAAAAAAAAAAACCCAAAAAACUUAGUGUUUUAGAUAUUUUAGAGACAGUUUUUUGAAAGAAAGAAAUAAUAAAUGAAUAAAGUAAACACACUUUUUCAAAGUUCUAAAAAAUAAUGAAAAAAGAAUCUUAGUUUUCAGAAAAUUUUUUCUUUAAAAAUCAUAUAAGAAAGAAGAAUUUUUAAAACAGUUCUCCUUAUAAUAAAGAGAACUGUUAACUAAAGAAAUUAGUUCUAUUUAUAAUAAAGAGAAUUAAAAAAUAACUGUAAAUAAAAUCAAAAUCUUAAAAAAAAAAAAAAAUUCGCGGCGUUUUACAGUUAUUCUUAUCAGAUAAUAAACGGAAAAAAGCAAGAUAGGCUUAAAAAUUAGUACUUAUGUCAUGCUAAGUUUGCUUAUCGAUAGAGUGAGAAUUUUAAAGACAAGGUUUAUGAAUUUUUAAUUAUAUAUAUUUUUUGUCUUUUACUCAAGUAUUUUUUUUUUUGGAAUCACUUUUGUUUGAGAUAUUUAUAUAUUUUUAGGAAUAAUUAUUGAAUUUUCACUUGUUUUUCUGUCAUUUUUUUAUUUAAUAUUUAGAGUAAAGUAAUUAUACAUUUUUUUUAAAAUCAAGUUAUUAAUUCAAGUAUGCAUGUGAUAAAAAUUUAUGAGUGUUUGAUUACAUGAAUUAAUUUUAAAAUAUUAGUUAUUAACUUCUAAAAAGUGAUAAUUAAAAAAAUUGAAUGAAUAUUUUUAAAUAACUAAAUUAAAUAAAUAGUUAAAAAUUAAUUAAAUAGUAAAAAAGAUUAAUUUAUUAACAUAAAAAUUAAUUAAAUAGUUUUUCUCAAAUCUUAAAUAUCAGUUAAUUUGAAGAAAAAAAUUAAGCCAAUCAAUUUUAAUAUUUUCAUUCCUUAAAGCACUCAUUUUUUUUCUAAUCUAUAAAUUACUUUAUCUUUUAUUGUCAAACAUUUUUGGGAAUUUGAAAAUAAUCAUAUUGCAUUUUAAUUAUGCAGUUAUAACUCAAGUGUCAACUCAAGUUGAAAGCAGAGAGAUAGUAGAAAAGGACUAACUGAAUAAGUAUGGUGUGAUUGACAUAACAAGUUUUUUUAUAUGUUUUAUAUCCACAAAAAGAGUACAAUAAAUUUCAUUUUCUUUUAAAUCCAGCUAUUCAUUUCGCAGAAAAUUGACUACUAAUGCAUAAAUAUUUAUAUAGAUCUAUUUAACUGAGCGAAGUGAUACAAUCCAUACUAUGUUUUCACUUUGCUAUCAACUUGAAUUGUGAAAAAUGAACGUAUAAAGUUACAAAAAAUUGUAUUUUGAAAAAGUCAUUAAGUUUAUUGAAAUGAAUUAUAAAACUGAAGGAAAUGGUUGAUGAUUUUUGUGUGAAAAAACUCAUGUAAAACAUUUGGUACAAAACUACAAAUUUAGUUAAUUGUAAAUUACAUGUGAUUUUUUUUUGUCGGCUGCCAUAUAUUUUUGUUCCCACAUGUUCAUUGUAAAUAAUACGUUGACAUAAAAUGUGUUUGUAUCUUAGAAAU